GACAUUUGGCAGCAGAAACUAAUUGGAGUCAGAUAGUAUACAAGAAAUAACAGAUUUCUCCAAAAAUGAGUAACAAUAUAUAAAAUAUACAAAUAUUUGGAAUUUCAAAGAGAACAUUUUAAGAUUUUUUGUGUAAUAGUUUAAGCAUUUUUAUGGUUUUUGAUGGAGGAUUUAGGAAGCCCAUAGAAAUAUUGUAGGAGCAUGUGAGGAGAGUCCUGCCCUAUAGAAACUUAACAACAACAUUAGGGACUUUAACCAAAAAUCACUUGAAACAAAAUCAAAUAAAGACAUGGAGAAUUCCAGCUUUGCAGCAAAUGAGACAUUUAGAUACACGUAUGAGGACAUGUAUGAAGGAUAUACAAAUGAAGCUGUAUUAAUUAUUGAAAUCUUAAUGGUGUUAUGGAUAUCAAUAGGUAAUUCACUCGUAAUUGCAGCGUAUUGGAAAUAUGAACGUCUACAAACAGUAGCUAACUUCUUUGUGAUUCAACUCGCUAUAGCUGAUCUAUGCGUUGGUGCAUCACUUGUCUAUAUGAUGAUGCUUUCUAGUUUUGUAUUACCAGAAAUUGGAGAAAAAAGCAUCAUUAUCUGCAUCACAUCUCAAAUAUUACUAGUUCUACCGACACUGGUGUCACUUUUAUUCCUGCUUGUCAUCACAAUUGACCGAUACAUGGCAAUAUUUUAUCCACUUAAAUAUCCGAGUAUUAUGACAAAACGGCGUAUGCAAUAUUUGGUGGCAGGCUUAUGGAUAGGGACAACACUAUAUAUAGCUAUUUCCACAAUGGAUUCUAUAUUGUACAAUACCAGUACAUCACAACAUAACAUUUGUGUUGGCGAUAAAGGUAAUAUUGACCCAAGAAUCAUGGGAUAUACAUAUCUGCCUUUAUUUCUAGUAAUUGUAAUAUUAGUAGUAGUGCUAUAUAUCAGGAUUCUAUGGACAGUUAAGAAACAACUGGACAAACAUAAUAGCAAUGAUUCAACAAAUUUACAAAAGAAUAUACAAUUAAUCAAAACGGCAGUUUUAGUCAUUGGACUGUUUGUCAUAUGCUGGGCACCAUUUGUCGUUCUUGCUUCUGGUUACGAGAUGAACUUCUUUAGCACAAAUCAGAAACAAAAUAUGUUUAUUCUUUAUAUGGUAUUCUACCACAUUGCUGUUAUGAAUUCAGGCAUGAAUUUUAUUGUUUACCCAGUGAGAUCUAAAGAUUUUAGAGAUGGUUUCAGAACAGUCCUCUAUUGUAAAGAGAGAUCUUCAGUGAACACUACAGGGCCUGACUGUUGUUAACCUCUUGACUACCUGGAGUGACAAGAUUUCUCGUCACCUCAGAAAUGACCUUGAAACCCAGAGUGACGAGAAAAUUUUCAAUUUUCA